CCCGAAAGCCACAGCGAAAGUGGAAGCAAGCACUUCCUCCCAAAGAGAAGCCCGAAUUCCCCAUCACGCCAAAGCAUCAUCACCUCGCCCGGGAGGAGGCAGCAAACCCACCGAACGACGCCGCCCCGAGAACCCCCCAAUUGGCAACCGACCUCGUCCGACGUCCCCCUCCGAGCGUUCACCUUUUCCCCCUGGUGUCGGGCAGCCGAGCAGCCACCACCAACCAACCAACCCACCUCGGAAAAUGGCUCCGCCACCCGCGCGAAUGGGCGCCGCCGCCGCUGCCCUGGCCUCACGCCAGGCCACCCUCCUCAGAGCCGCGGGCGGCAGGAGAACACCGCCGGCUCAGGCCAUGCUGCAGCAGCUGCAACGGCUCCAGGCCAGGGGCUACGCGACGCCCGCGGGCCCGCCGCCCAAGGGCUUCCGGCUGCCGCCCCCGGUCGAGUGGGACCAGGAGAAGACCGGAACCAUGGACCAGGUGGGCAAGUACUUUCUGCUCACCGAGAUGUUCCGCGGCAUGUACGUGCUGCUCGAGCAGUUCUUCCGCCCACCCUACACCAUCUACUACCCGUUCGAGAAGGGCCCCAUCUCGCCCCGCUUCCGCGGCGAGCACGCGCUGCGCCGUUACCCGUCCGGGGAGGAGCGCUGCAUCGCCUGCAAGCUGUGCGAGGCCAUCUGCCCGGCCCAGGCCAUCACUAUCGAGGCCGAGGAGCGCAUGGACGGGUCCCGCCGCACGACGCGCUACGACAUCGACAUGACAAAGUGCAUCUACUGCGGCUUCUGCCAGGAGUCGUGCCCCGUCGACGCCAUCGUCGAGUCGCCCAACGCCGAGUACGCCACCGAGACCCGCGAGGAGCUGCUGUACAACAAGGAGAAACUGCUGGCGAAUGGUGACAAGUGGGAGCCCGAGCUUGCGGCGGCCAUCAGGGCGGAUGCUCCCUACAGAUAACAUGGGUCGUAGCGAUUCUAGUAGGAGGGCCUCGUCGGCUUUCACCGUGUCUCCAAAAUAUGGGGGUUGAGAGGAAGAGGCUGAAAAGUUUCCCUAGGUGGUGUAAAUACUAGCCGGGAAUUUUGCUUUGUCCGCCGCAUCCCCGCGAUAACUUUUCUCUCCAAUAAUAGAGGAGAGGGAGGCUGGCCCUGGUUCAAUGCUAUCCAGGCUAAACCCCAGCCUGCGCUCGAGCUUGAACAUGUGCGGUUCCUCUAUCGUCUUGAUUAUUUUCUAUCCAUCUCCCGAGCUUUUUAAAAGUAUUUCAACGAAGGAAUUAUAACGCAAAACACAGCGCUUGGGUAGAUGCAAAAACGCCCACAACGCUCCGCGAAUGGUGGUACGCCGAUCAAUGCCGAAAAUCCAGGUUCCAAAUCACACCGAGAUGCAGAGAUGCCAUCCCUGCGAGGCAUACAAGAAGCAAAGCCAAACGACAAAUGUCGGAAAAUUCCUCCACAGCCUCAGAAGCUCCUUUCCCAAGCCCCCCACCAGACGCCCAUGUUGGCCGCAACCACCAGGUCCAGCAUCUUGAGGCCCUCCUCGUAGAUGAUGAGCUUGCCCAGCUUUGCGCGCUUGCCCCUGUUGCCGCCGCCGGCGCGCUCGCGGCCGAGGCCCAUCUCGGUCUCGAACGGGUCUGGGAAGUCGUGGGCGGUGGGGCUGUGGUCGAGGCUGCGGCUGCCGCGGUGGUGGCCGUGCGCCGCCAGGGUGCGCUGGGCGUCGAGCCGCAGGCGGUCCAGCUUGCCGUGGAUCUCGAGCCCCUUGUCGCGGAACAG